AAGAAGAAGAAGAAGUCACUUUCUAGGUUUGUUUUUAACAGUACUGUCUUAUUCAGAGUAUCUCUUCAUUUUCAGAGUAAGCCCCAGUCUCCAAAGGGAAUUGCUUCCCUUCUCGUCAGCAAUGGCUCCAAAGAAAAUGGCAUCCAUGAGGAACAAGACCAAGAGCCCCAGGAUCUCUUUGCAGAUGCCACAGUGGAGCUCUCCCUGGACAGCACACAAAAUAAUCAGAAGAACGUGCUGGCCAAAACGCUCAUUUCUCUUCCUCCACAGGAAGCUAUAAAUUCUUCUAAGUCCCAGCCAAGCUAUGAAGAGCUAGAGGAAGAAGAACAGGAAGACCAGUUUGAUUUGACAGUCGGUAUAACUGAUCCUGAAAAGAUAGGGGAUGGUAUGAAUGCCUACGUAGCCUACAAAGUUACAACACAGACGAGCUUACCAAUGUUCAGGAGUAAACAGUUUGCAGUGAAAAGAAGAUUUAGUGAUUUUCUGGGUCUUUAUGAGAAGCUUUCAGAGAAACAUUCUCAGAAUGGCUUUAUUGUCCCUCCUCCACCUGAGAAAAGCCUAAUAGGAAUGACAAAAGUAAAAGUUGGGAAGGAAGAUUCUUCUUCUGCAGAAUUUCUUGAAAAACGGAGGGCCGCUCUAGAAAGGUACCUUCAGAGGAUUGUGAAUCAUCCUACCAUGUUACAGGACCCUGAUGUCAGGGAGUUCUUGGAAAAAGAAGAGCUGCCGCGCGCCGUGGGUACCCAGACUUUGAGUGGCGCUGGUCUCCUCAAGAUGUUCAACAAAGCCACAGAUGCCGUCAGUAAAAUGACCAUCAAGAUGAAUGAAUCAGACAUUUGGUUUGAGGAGAAGCUCCAGGAGGUAGAGUGUGAAGAGCAGCGCUUACGGAAACUGCAUGCUGUUGUAGAAACUCUAGUCAACCAUAGGAAAGAGCUAGCGCUGAACACAGCCCAGUUUGCAAAGAGUCUAGCCAUGCUUGGGAGCUCUGAGGACAACACAGCAUUGUCACGGGCACUCUCCCAGCUGGCUGAGGUGGAAGAAAAAAUUGAGCAACUCCACCAGGAACAGGCCAACAAUGACUUCUUCCUCCUUGCUGAGCUCCUGAGUGACUACAUUCGUCUCCUGGCCAUAGUCCGAGCUGCCUUCGACCAGCGCAUGAAGACCUGGCAGCGCUGGCAGGAUGCUCAAGCUACGCUGCAGAAGAAGCGGGAGGCUGAGGCUCGGCUGCUUUGGGCCAACAAGCCUGACAAACUGCAGCAGGCCAAGGAUGAGAUCUUAGAGGUAAGGCCUCCCAUGGCAGACCAGUGGAGGUAUUCGGCUGGCUCCUGAAUGAGCCCAGGUCCC